GCACGCUUCGGUUCGCCUUUGGUGAAAGAGCUUUCAAAUUCAAACAACUUUCAAACUUUGUGUUUCGUUUUCCGGAAGCAGCAAACAUGGUUGACCAGGCUACCCUUGACAAGCUUGAGGCUGGAUUCAAGAAACUCCAGGAAGCCACCGACUGCAAGUCUCUCCUGAAGAAAUACCUCACCCGUGAAGUUUUUGAUGCUUGCAAAAACAAGAAGACUGCUCUAGGAGCCACUCUUUUGGACUGCAUUCAAUCAGGAGUUGAGAACUUGGACAGCGGCGUCGGCAUCUACGCCCCCGAUGCUGAGGCGUACACCCUUUUUGCCCCCAUCUUCAACCCCAUCAUCGAGGACUACCACGAGGGAUUCAAGCCCACUGACAAGCAUCCCCCCCACGACUUUGGAGACAUCAACACUUUGGUCAAUGUCGACCCCACCGGACAGUUUGUCGUGUCCACUCGCGUCAGAUGCGGAAGGAGUCUGAAGGGAUACGCCUUCAACCCAUGCCUGACCGAAGCAAACUACAAAGAAAUGGAAGAAAAAGUAAGCGCCAUCUUCAGCUCAUUCGAAGGUGAGUUGAAGGGCAAAUAUCACCCUCUGACUGGAAUGGACAAGGCAACUCAGCAACAGCUCAUUGAUGACCACUUCCUCUUCAAGGAGGGUGACAGGUUCUUGCAGGCUGCCAAUGCUUGCCGAUAUUGGCCCACCGGCCGUGGUAUCUACCACAAUGACGCCAAGACUUUCUUGGUCUGGUGCAACGAAGAGGAUCACUUGCGUAUCAUUUCCAUGCAGAAGGGUGGCGACUUGAAGGCCAUUUUCCAGAGACUUGUAAACGCCGUCAACAUCAUCGAGACCAAGCUUCCAUUCUCUCGUGAUGACCGCCUCGGUUACUUGACUUUCUGCCCCACCAACUUGGGAACCACCAUUCGUGCUUCAGUCCAUAUCGCACUCCCCAAGCUCGCCAAGGAUAAGAAAGUUCUAGAAGACAUCGCAGCCAAGUUCAACCUUCAAGUCAGAGGCACACGUGGUGAGCACACCGAGAGCGAAGGUGGUGUAUACGACAUCUCCAACAAGCGCCGCAUGGGUCUUACCGAGUACCAGGCUGUCAAGGAAAUGCAGGACGGCAUCCUGGAGAUGAUCAAGAUGGAGCAAGCCGCCGCUUAAAUCUUCUGUCACCACUUGUUAUUUCAUCAUCUGAGUAUAAAUACACGCCAAAAAUCAGAAAUGGAAAUUUUAAAUGUUUUUAGACUGUUUCUUCACGAAAGGCCAUCUUUUUUCGGGGAAGACAACUCCCCAUGCAUUUUUAUGUUGUAAUAUUUCUCAGUUUUUGGUUCAAAAUUGAAAUAAAAAUUAUAUUUUAAGUUCUA